UGUUCUAGAACAAGCGUCUGUACCAGAAACCAAAGCGGCCAUAUCGGAAUUGGAAUUAGUGGAAAGGAAUCGAGCGAAGAAUGCCCGUGAGAUACUUUUCAACAUUUUUUGGGUGAAAAUAAAUGUUUGAUUUUUAAAGAAAAAAACAUGUAGUUUUUUUAGAGACUGCAGUAUUAAAGCAGGUUAGUUUUCCUUUCCCAUUUUCUGACAAAUCGUUUUAAAAUAUAAACAAGGCCGACUUUUUUUAAAAAAAUUUCUUUAAAUUUCACUGAAGUUAAUUUUAUAUAAAAAAAUGGAUAACCUGGAGUCACAAGAAAUGGAAUUAUUAGCCUUAAAAAACAUUUACGAAGAAAAGGAUUUUAAAAUAGAUGAAAUGAAUCCUCCCAGUGGUAAAUUUGCGGCUCAAGUUCGACUCCCUCAGCCUUUUUUUAUACGUUAUAUGUCUCCUCAAGACAAUUUGGAGUCCCAAGAUAGUGAAGUGCUUGUUGAAGAAAGUUUUCUUAUCGAACAUUUACCUCCCAUUAAUUUCAGUUUCUAUUUCCCAAAAACUUACCCACUAGAAACAUGUCCAGCUUUUCUCUUGUCAUGCAGUUGGUUAACUCUUAAUCAGCUGUCAGAUUUGUGUCGACAUCUAGAAUCUGUUUGGGAGUUGAACCGAGAUGCAAUUUUGUUUACCUGGUUUCAGUUCCUUCAAGAUGAGGCAUUAGAUUUUUUAAAUAUAAAUGACAGCCUUGAUAUUACUGAACUGUUGAAAUUCAAAAUACAGGAUAAUUUUCGGACUAAAUUACCAUCAAAUGAUGAAAACUUUGAUGUUUCUGGUGCUGCUGCCAAUAAGGGUUACGCUUUCCAUUUUAUGAAAGCUAUAUCUGAAUUGGUGAGUAUUAAACCUUCUGUAUCAGGUGGUUCUAAUACUACAGAUGCGCGUGCAUUUAAUGAUAUGUUAAAUGGGAAACAUUUAAUAGAGUUAUUAAAAGAUCAUGAUGAGAAUAAAAAAGAGGAAAUUUUUAAAAAUUCUACACAUAUUUGUAAUAUUUGUUUCGUUACGAAAGAAGGAUACGAGUUCAUAAUAUUUAAACCUUGUAAGCAUUCAUUUUGUAUAGAAUGUAUAAAACAAUAUUUUGAAGGACAAAUCACUGAAGGAAAUGUUAACUCUUUACAUUGCCCUGAUGGCGAAUGUGAUUAUCAAGCAGAUGGGACAGUAGUCCAACAGGUUGUGAGUAAAGAACUCUAUGAAAGAUAUGAUAGACUUUUACUUUCUCGCACACUGGAGGAUAUGUCUGAUAUUACAUUUUGUCCUCGUCAAACUUGUCAGUGUCCUGUGCUUCUUGACAGUUGUGGUCGAAUGGGAACUUGCCCUUCUUGCAAUUUUGUUUUCUGCUCCCUCUGCAAUAUGGCAUACCAUGGUGUUGCUCCAUGCGUGUUUAAAGAAAAAGAAAAGCUGUCUGUUUAUAAAGAAUACACAAGUGGCAAUUCUGCUGUCAAGGAAGAGAUAGAAAGACGUUAUGGAAAACGUUUUAUAAAGGCAAUGGUUGAAGAUACUUUAAGUGAGAAUUGGAAGAGUUCUAAUAGUAAAACUUGUCCUCAUUGUAAGGCAUCUAUAGAAAAAAUUGAUGGUUGUAAUAAAAUGACAUGCUUUAAAUGUGGAACCUAUUUUUGUUAUCAAUGCGAAGCAAAGCUAAAACCUUCUGAUCCGUAUGAGCACUUUAGAGAUUCAUUUGAGUGUACAUUAUUUAAUAUGGAUCAAAUUAAUGAUGAUUUUAAUUUUGUAUAUGAUUUUGGAUUGGAUUUUGAUCCAGGAGAAUUCCUGAAUCUUAAUUGACCUUCUUAUUUUCUAUAAACUCAUUCUGCUCAGAAAUUUUAUUACAUAUAUUGCAGAUUAUUUUAAACUUUGUAACUUAGUCUUUAAAUUUUAAUAUUCAUUUUAUAAAAUAUGUGUUUGUAAGAUUUUCUGAUUCAUAAUUUAUAUAAGUAUAAGCAGAAAAUAAAAUGUUAUAAAAAUUUUCAUAGAUAAUUGGGCAAGUUUUAAAGCAUAAUAAAAGUUUUUACUGAUUGCAUUAUUUCUUCAAUGUUAUAUUACAAGUAUCCUUAGUGACAACAUCAAUGACUUGAUAUCAUUUAAUAUUAAUUUCAUUUCUAAAAAAGCUCUGUUUUGUUUAUUGAAUUUAAAACCUGGAAGAAAAUAUUUGUUUAUUUUUAAUGAUUUCUUAAAAGUGUAAAGAUACUUUUCAGAACUUUCAUGUAUCCUUUUUCUUAUUUUUGAUUUUUCAUCAAAGGAAUUCUUUGUGUGUUUUUAUUAUAUUAAUUAUAUAAUAGGAAAGAUUGUCAAUAAUUUUGAAAUUAUCAUCUAUUUAUUAUUUUAGAUAAAAUUCAAUUCCAUAUUUGUUUUCAUUCCUUUUCAAUGAUGACAUUUUCAUAGUAAUAACUUCUAGCACUUGGUAUUUACAGUGCUUGUCAAGAUGCUUUAUUAUGUAUAUUAUCUGAAAAUCUCUAAGUGGAGACAGUAAUCAUCCACAAAUACCUAUUGUAUUAUUAAUUUUGCUUUCAUAUGAAUUAUCCAUUUGAUAAUGUUUCAUUUAUUGUGAUAUUUUUCUUUUGUUAAUCAAGAUUAAUAUAAUUAAUAUAUAUUCUAUAAUAACAGAAAUGUUUUCUUUUGAACAUGAAAGAAAUGUUUGU